AUGGCUCAUAGCCAUGGAUCGACAGUAGAGACCAAGCCAGAGUCGUCGAGUAUUGUCAGACGGGAUGGUUCUGACGUACAUUCUGCUUCUCGUCGAAUAGAGACCCCCAAAUCCCAACCACAACCUUCCAAAUCAGGGGACAAUUCGUCUAUUUCUAUCAAGCCAAUGAGGCAGCUGGACUCUGUCAAGCCUACAGCCGACAGGCUGGCUGGGACAAACUCUGGCACCGUUGGUGUGACCCAACAUGGCUUGGAGACUUCCAGAGCUAUCACUCUUCCCGAUUCCGUACCAGACAUCUCGGACCGAAUACCAACACCACAACCACCACCUCACUCUAUACCACAACCGCAUAAUCACGACGCGUUCCAUCAAAUGCUCCUUCGACUAAUUUAUUUCACCCGUCCUCCCCUCGAUCUUGCAGUAAUUCUCGAUUAUUUCACCUGCUACCCCCGCUUGCACACCACUCAAACCUAUAACGUUAUCAUGGCCUACACCCUCAGACACGGCGCCUACGGCUCAUUCCUCUCUUUGGCAAAGGCAUUGCACGCGUCGCGCCUCCCUCGAAACAUGGAAACGACCAAAUUGGAGGUUCGGUAUAUGGUUCAUAGAGGCGCAUGGGAUCAGGCAUGGCGCCUCGUCACUGAACCAACCAGCACCCGUUCUCCCAACACCAUUCCCCUGCCUAUCUGGGUCGAAUUCUUCCAGUUCCGCAGGCUCGGAUAUGACCCUCCCAGGCGCACCAGGGCUCGACUCACGGGCGUUAUGCCGUCACGACAACAAGGGGAUGCACUGAAGGACUGGGAUCCUCGGUUGAAAUUGUUGUUCGAAUGGGCGCCAGCGGAAAUGUCUGAUCCACGACGUAUCCCACCCCGCGUUAUCCUUUCGAUCGUCACCCAUCUCCUCAGGUUACACCGCUUCGACCACGCCAUGACGCUAACGACAUCAUAUCUUCGCUCAAUCCCUCGGAGACUCACUCCUCGGCGGAGAGAGGAUUGCAUUAACAUCGUAAAUGCCCAUGUCGCAUUGGGGUCCUCCGCAACAGGUUUACGCAAGCUGCGUGAUGGCGAGAAGACGCUCAAGAUCCUUUUACGACUUCAUUCAAACAUCCGACCAAAUGCAACAACUCUUUUCCUACUUUUGUCGGGCCUCCGAAAGGCGAAGCAUUGUGGGACCAGGGCAGAGAGGGUGGUUCGGAAAUUUGCUGGGAAAUGGGGCAAGGAGCUGAAGGAAGAUCUACGCGUUCGGAGGAGGGUUGCGUCGUUGGCCCUGAAAGAAGGAAGACUGGAUAUCGCCAAAGCCUACAGCACUGACCCGAAAGGAACCAAGACCGGUCGCUCGACUUCAGAAUCCCCAACCGAAGCGAACCCCACCCUCAGAUUUCGGAGGUUAUCAGAUAAAGUACUACUUUCCAGGCGAGGCGAAGAUCGCCGACUGUGGCAGAGAGUGCGAAUGCGGACGAAAUUUGCACUUCGUAGGGCGCCUGAAGCGGAGUCGAGCGGCCGGAAGCGACCGAAAGUACGACAACAGCAGGUGUGA